GGGAGGAGUGCCUGUGAGUCUGCGCGGGAAGUGGAAACCGCGCGGAGGAGCGGCGGUGCCGGGUGCGCCGGCGGCGGCGUCUGCAGCUCCGGUCUCUCCUCGCCGCCUGCUCCGCGGCUCGACCGCCGCAGCCACCAUGCCCAUGAAAGGCCGCUUCCCGAUUCGCCGCACCCUGCAGUACCUGGGCCAGGGCGACGUGGUGUUCAAGGACACGGUGAAGGUCAUGACGGUGAAUUACAACACGCACGGGAAGCUGGGCGAAGGCGCCAGGAAAUUUGUGUUUUUCAACAUACCUCAAAUCCAGUACAAAAACCCGUGGGUGCAGAUCAUGAUGUUUAAGAACAUGACACCAUCACCCUUCCUUCGAUUCUAUUUGGACACUGGUGAGCAGGUUCUCGUGGAUAUAGAGACCAAGAGCAAUAAAGAGAUCAUGGAGCACAUCAAAAAAAUCCUGGGGAAGAAUGAGGAAACCCUGAAACAAGAAGAGCAGGAGAAAAAGCAGCUUUCUCACCCAGCCCACUUUGGACCUCGAAAGUAUUGCCUGCGGGAAUGCAUCUGUGAGGUGGAAGGGCAGGUGCCCUGCCCGGCCCUGGUGCCCUUACCCAAGGAGAUGACCGGGAAGUACAAAGCAGCUCUGAAAGCCAGUGCCCAGGACUAAGGCCCAGGCCUGUGGGCUAGCGUUACGUUGGCCACAGGGAGAUCCUGGUUCUGUCCCCAGAGACUCUGCAAAUAAAGUGCUCCUUAAUCACCCA